CUCAUUUCAAAUAAAUACACGUCAGAAUUUAAAUUUGAAAUAUUUCAGUUAAGAGGCAAAAUUUCAGUUAAAAAAUAAAAUGAUUUCUUUCAGUCCCGAUUCGAUUGAAGACACAUACUUGCGGCCAUGCUACUGUACAAGUUAUGACGAGUAUGGUGCUGGAGGUGGUGCUGAAAAAAAUUAUAUUUAUGCGGAAGGCACAGAAAGAGAUAAAGGUCUGGCAGACAGCAGCGAAGAAAUCUGCGAAAAUGUUUGGUACGAGUCGAAACCACCAAGGCUGUUUGGCAAAGAAGUAAAACCGUAUGUAACUGCUAGACAGGUGUAUAUAACAAGAAUAAUGCUAGAAGGUUCAAGGGCUACAGACAUCAAGGAUGAAGAAGACGAGAAGGAGCAAAUAGCAAAAGCUGUCGUUGGUGUGAACAAGAAGAAAAACGCUGUCAGGGUGCUGUCGCAAGGCAAUGUGGAACUAGGAUAGAAAGUUAUCUAUAGCUAAGAAACUUGGAAUCAAUUAUAAGAUUUGAAUGAAAGUAAAAUUAUAGAAUCAUUUGUCUGGAAAUUGUUUUUUUUUCAUUACAGAAAUACGGAAUGUUUAGAC